AGUGAUUGGAUUUUGCGUAUAUGAAACAGAAGAACAAAUUGUUACCAUUGUAAUAGUAGAGCCGAGUAAAGAUAAUUGUCUAUGAUAAUGAUAAUGACAAUUGCGAGAAUAACAGUACCAACAAUGACAACGACGAUAUAAAUUUGUAUACAGGAUCGGAAGUACCACCGCGAGUUAUGAAAUUUAAUUGGGACUUAGAGGCCAGUGUAUAAAGCUCUGUAAAGAGGAAGGAAUUCCGUUUUACUGAAGUGUGUGUAUCGGUGGAAGUAUCGAAUGUUUCCGAUGCAUUUAUAGAACUAAUAAUAAGUCUUGCGUUAAACGGAACGUGCACAAACAAACUGCAGUGCGUGCUUCGGAUUCUGUUCGCUUGUGGAAUGAGUUGAAAAUCGAUUAACCAUCGAAGCAACCAAAGUGAUUAACGUGAUUAUCAAAGAGACAGCAAUUAACGCUUGUAGAAAAAAUUAAAAAGUAUAAAAGAAAAAUGGAUUUCACCUUCGUUCUCUUCAUCAUUCUGCUCAGACGUCAAGCCGACGCUGUCAAGCUGCUCCACAUUCACAUACCACCUUACACUAUCAAGGGGGAAAAUGCGAUUCUGCAUUGCAGAUAUGACUUGGGCCUAGACAAACUCUACUCGGUGACGUGGUACAAGGACCACGAAGAGUUCUACAGAUACGUGCCGCGGUCCAAUCCCAGCCAGCACAGUUAUCUCGUCGACGGGGUUAAAGUUGACGAACGCAUGUCCGGCAGCCAGCAGGUCUUCUUGAAGCACGUAAGCUUACGCACGAGUGGACUCUACAGGUGUGAAGUGAGCGCGGAGGCACCGAGCUUCAAUUCUGUCCAUGGCGAUGGCCAUAUGGAAGUUAUUUCGCUUCCUCAAGAGGAUCCGCAGAUCACUGGGGAGGAAAAAGUGUAUGCCAGCGGGGAUAUCCUGGCGCUAAAUUGUACGAGUAGCAAAUCAUUCCCACCAGCAAGGCUCAAGUGGUUUAUCAACGGCGUUCCGGCACGUUCGGACUACGAGGCGCUGAUACAACAGCACGGCUUGGUUUCGUCCGUGUCGGGUCUUCGUCUGGAAGUUGGACCACAUCAUCUCACGGAGGGAAAAAUAAACGUGAGGUGUGAGGCAACAGUGCAAUCAAGUCUUCCAAUCAAGGAGCCGCUGAUUGAUUAUCGAAAGACGCAAGUGUUCGUUCAAGGCAGCGCGUGCCUCCCCAGACCAUGCUUGAUGUUGCUGGUAGGAUUCUUGACGAUCACUCGGCUACUUCCGGUUUCCUAAAUUGGGAUUGCGAUAGUGGCGAGGAAGAAAAUGAAGAAGAAAAAAUUCGUGACAAAAGACAAUCAAAGUAGCUGCGAAAAAUCGACGUGGAUAAUCACAGAGCUGCGGUCAGGUUAAUAUAUAAAUAAUUAUAUGUAUAUAUAUAUAUAUAUAUAACAUACAUAUAUAUAUAUAUAUCAAGUGUACAGAAAGUACGUGUGCAAUGUGCAUAGUUGAAUCAUCAUAUCAGUUUUGUAAUUAAUUAUAGCCAACGGUAGUGUAGAAAAAUUCUUGUUCGAUCUUAACUAAGAGUGGAGAUUGUGUUUUUCCUGUAUUAUACGAGGCUUGAAAUUGCAGAGAAGCAUGCGUACGGAAA